AUGCCCUCUCCCCCGAUAUUUGCGGACGAAACCCUAGCCUUCCUCUUCCUCGCGCCGCCGGACGCGUCCGCACCGCGCCGGACAUGUCCACCGCCGCCGGCCACGUCGCCCGACCAAUGGCAGCGCGCCACAUCAGCAUCCCCGCCGCCCGCAGCCACUCUCGGGGUGCCACGCGUCCACGCGCCCGUGCCCACUUCGCCGCCACCCGCGCGGGUCCGCCGGGGCCCGAGCGAGGCCCUCCCGGCCCGGUUCGGCCGCCGCGCCUCCCGCGGGUGCCCGCGCUAUAGCACGCGGCUCCUCCCACCGGCGCCGCCCUCCGCCGCCCUUCUCCUCCCGUCGGCCAUUCGCCUCCACCGCGCCACCCUCGCGCAGCCCUAG